AUGGGCAAAUUCUGCAAAUGCAACGGGAGGCUGCUCUGCAUGUGCCUGCUCCCGUUCAUGAUGACUGGACACCUCCUUGUGUACAUCUUGGUCACCAUCUUCGUCACCAUAUCCUACGCGCCCCCCAAAAUUCCUGUCCACUUCAUUGCACCUGGGAGCUCCUCUAAUUCAGCUAAAAUGGCUUCGCAUCCACUCAACGCUUUCUGGAACCUGAGGCUGAUCGAUUCAGCCUUGUGGAACAGCUUACAACACGGCUGUGAUCGCCUCUACAAUCCGAUACUAAGAGGCAACGCAAGCAUGGCUGUCCAACAAACCAAAAUUAAGCUUGAUCCUUCGUCAGUUGGGUGUGUGUCCAAUUGUAUACCUGAAAUUGGAUCACACACCGUUGCCAAUGAACUCAAGGCCAUGUCUGAUCAAAUGAGAGCCUUUGUGUCAUCCAUGCGCUGUAGAGAGUACCCCUACAUUAUCAAUCAACCAGGUUUAUGUUAUAACAACGAAACUUUAGACACACCUUUACUUCUUAUGGCAAUCAAAUCCCAAAUGGGCAACUUUGAAAACAGGCAAGCCAUUCGUGACACAUGGGGUCGCAGUGGGCAUGUCAGCGGUGAGUAUAAUAUAAGAGGAGGGUUAGUCCGGACAGUUUUCUUACUCGGAAAGCAAGAUUCCAAUCCCAAAUCAAACUUCCAUGAUCUACUGCAGAAAGAAAGCGAGAAGUAUGGAGAUAUCUUACAAUGGGAUUUCAAGGAUACCUUCUUCAACCUCACGCUGAAGGAUGUGCUUUUCUGGCGUUGGUUCAAACAGUACUGCCCGAAAGCCAUUUUUGUCUUCAAAGGUGAUGAUGAUGUCUUUGUACGCACAGAUGCUCUUGUGGAUUUCCUGAAUAAACAAUGGGAGGAGCACAACUUAUGGCAGGCCUAUACCAAUGAAACAGACAAAGGAUUGGACUUGUUCAUUGGAGAAGUUAUCUACAACGCAAAACCAAAUCGGGACCCAUCUACGAAGUACUUUAUACCUGGAAGUUUUUACCAAGGGGUGUAUCCAGCUUAUGCAGGCGGAGGUGGGGUGGUGUACUCCGGGUCACUAGCAUUACGGUUAAAAGAGAUUUCUGACAAAGUGUCCCUCUUCCCCAUAGAUGAUGUGUAUCUCGGCAUGUGUUUGAGUAAACUUGGAGUAGUUCCGAGCCACCAUCCGGGGUUCUUGACGUUCGAUCUGCCCAUUACGCAAAGGGGCAAUCCGUGUGCCUAUAAGUCUGUUUUGCUGGUGCACAGGAGGAGCCCAAGAGAAAUGGUAGCUUUAUGGAACCAUCUACGGAACCUACGCAUGCGAUGCUUUAGGUGA